AUGGUCAGAGUCUCCGACUCUCUUCAUCAAUCUGAUUACUUUCCUACAUAUUCGCUCGACUCGUUUACAACAAUGGAAUUGGCUUCACCCCACAAGACAUACGUCGAAUCUCCCGUGGCUGGCAAUCAAAACAAGAGGAGAAAAUCAGUCGAUUCUGCUCUACCUGGUGCCUCGCUAACCGGCGGUUGGCCGUCUCAAAAUAACGCUUCUCUCGUGAGCAACAUUUCUCCACUCGGCAUGGAUAGUUGGACAUUAUCACUUCAGAACGGCCUAUAUAAUAUGCAACCUCAGUAUACGACUCAUUACAACAUCGCCUCUCUCCAACAGAAUCAAAUGCCCACUCCACUUACCAGUCCAACCGAUACAGAUCUGAUGUACAGCGAUGUCGGAUUGGUCGACAGUCAGCAACAAUCCGAGAGCAAUUAUGAAGGUUUCGACUGUGGUCAGCAAACUGGCUUGUUGGCCGACAGUCUGCAGCAUAUAACGGAAUCACCCGACAACCAAGAGCGUUUGCAGAAACAACCUGCUCAUCCCAUCAGUUCACCGGGCGAUUCGUCUGCUCGCAACAAUAGAAAGCCGCAACCACUUUCGCUCGAAAUUGCAUCCGAUGACUAUAAUCAGAUGGCCGCCGAUUAUGCAUAUGCCGAAUCAUCCGCAAGCACUCCAUCUCCCGUUACUCCCGUCUUUGUCAACUCCAACGUCUACGGCACUAAUAACUACCCAUUUAAUGAUAUAAGCAGGAGCAUCCAUUCUUCUCAUGAUUUAAACGUGUCCACAUUGUGUGAUCAAGGAUGUGACAGUGCCUCUACCACUCCGCAAUUACUAGGAUACAGUCCGGGCGAAAAACUAGAAGAGACUCAGACGAUUCCCCCUGCAGCGGUUGAAUUGGCGCAGAGCUACAGUUCACCACAGUCGUUUACCGAACUGCUCGCGAAUACGCCAGGUGCCAUCGAAGUCGAACUAUCCGCUGAUUACUUUAAUAGCAAAACGUAUAGAUCGGAUUUAGGCCAAUGUCAGAUGCAGAUAUCAGGCAGGCGGCAAAGUACCCAACUAACAACCACUCCUUUAUUAAAGUCGGAUGUUGCGUCGCCAGUGCUUUCAUCUGCAGAUUCUCCUGCUGAUAGUAAUUCGGCUGCAACCCCCAAGUCGCCAAAAUCUCCCACUUCUCCACAACGUUCUAAUUCUGCAUAUAUUCGUCGUACUUCGCUGGCAAGUGCCAUCCUCGAGGAGGAGGAUGAUUUAUUGAACACUUCCACUAUUGCUCCAUCAGCCUUUUUGUCAUCACAUAUACUACCCGAGAUUAGCACACGUGUCAAUGCUAGAUUAAGUCAGAAUACGACGGUGGCCAUUAUGGGACCAAUUAUUCACGCGUAUUUGAGCGCUCCUAACCCGUCCAGCCUAGGAGAAAAGACUGUUAUGGUGAUGACCUCUAAAGUUGCGCAAAAAUCGUAUGGAACCGAAAAGAGAUUCUUAUGCCCGCCACCCACAACUAUCAUUCUGGGCUCCAGUUGGUGGUCUCAGUCACCGCCCAACACUGAUAGUCAUACUACUCAGACAUCGUCUCUCAGUCCACCAAGGAUUACCGUCGGCAUAUCCAGCGAACAAAGUCACCACGCCGGCAUAUUCGAGUGGAUUAGUCCAUCUGGCACUUCGCUAGAUCCAACAUCAUGCUCAGAGAUGGCCAUUAGUGGAAAAUGUGUGUCAAAGCACUUGUAUAUCAAUGACACGGACGAAAAGAGAAAGCGGGUGGAAGUCAAUGUCAAAAUUCAAAAUCCAUGUGGGCAAAGCUUUGGUUGCUUUGCUAGCAAGCCUAUUAAAGUAAUCAGCAAGCCCAGUAAGAAGAGGCAGAGCGUCAAAAAUAUGGAGUUAUGCAUACAUCACGGAACUACAAUCUCCCUGUUCAAUAGAAUCCGAUCACAAACGGUCUCUACAAAAUAUCUCGGCGUUUCGGGAAACUGUCAUGGGCAGAGUUUUGCGCCCUGGAGUAAUGGUGCGUUUGCAUCUGUAAGCCCAGUCGAACAAGGCAGAACAUUUGUUGCGCGGACUGGUAGUUGGGAUCCAUUUAUUAUCUGGAUAGUCGAUACCAAUUACGUCAAGGGCAAAGAUGAGCCUCAAGUACCUCCUCAUCCAAGUUUCCCUCGGCCUCCGCUCAAUGCUCUCAAGUACAAUCCAAACAAUCCCAUUCCGAUACAUUAUAAUCAGCCAGUUGUAUUGCAGUGCUUGUCAACCGGUAUUACUAGUCCAGUAAUGAUUAUUAGAAAGGUAGACAAGGGGAGUAUGGUAAUCGGCGGUGCGGUGCUUGAAGACAAUAAUGGAUAUGUGAGCGAAGCACUUGGUGAUCCGGUCUCUCAACUUCACAAGGUCGCUUUCCAGAUUAAAGACCAGGAAACUAUGAUGUCUUCCAAUAUUCAAAACUGCACAAAUCCAAAUUUCCCGUCGGGUCCAGGAGUUUAUCUUGCUUGCCUCAGUGAUGUGGUCGGUCAGCAACGUGCAAACGACGGCCGUAAACUCAUUUCUACUGCGGCAAUUUCAGCCACUAAUAGCACUUCAUUCAUCGACGUGAUACCCCCGAGUACAAACAUGACAACUUCCAUAGCAGCAUGGGCAGCGGCACAGACAUCCUUUGCAUCCAAUGCAGCUCCGUUCAGCGAAAGUACUAUUUUAUCUUCUGAUGGCACGAGGACCACUACUUCUCGCAAGAGACGUUCCUCGGCUACUGUCAAACCCACUAGCGCCAUGGCCAAGGUUUCCAUGAAAAGACGAAGGGUCAAUAGCAUGAGUGCAGUAGGAAACGAGCCUGAAUUUGCGCGCAUUGCAGAAGCCACGAGGGGACUUGGUUCUCGGUCAAAUAAUGAUGCCAACGCUGGAGCGAUAUGGACCGAGGAUGUUACUGAUUCGGCUGUAUGGACUAUCGUGGGGACUGAUUGCGCAACAUAUACCUUCUAUUGUCCACAAACGAUAGUCAACGCUACAUCACAGCUCAGUCCAACCCAACAAUUCCCUGUUCCGCCAUCGACAACACCAGUCACUCCUGUGCCUAGCGUCACUAACAUAGUGUCCGCUGCUUCUUCAAACACAUUACCCGCAAACACUCAACUCGCUAGAUCAACUAUACCAAACACAAUCACAAUCUUUGGUGAGAACUACACCCGCGAUUUAAUGGUCUGGUUUGGUGAUAUACCAAGUCCAAGGACAGAAUAUCGAUCUCGGGAAUGCAUCCUGGCUUGGAUACCAGAUGAAUUGCUAUAUAGUGGAACAAGUAAUGGAAUCAUUAAGAGCGAUCGUAUGGUUAAUGGGCGUCUAAGUUGUCAGCUUAAUAGUCACUCGAGGCCAAUCCUGUUGAGUCGUGGAGACGGUGUCAUAUUCAAGACUGGGAAAUCUUGGAUCUGA